AUGGAUCAAUCAAUCACCCUCAUCGAUGCACAAGUGCACUUCCUAGAGGAAUGUGUGGUGCUGGUGCACAUCCCAUUGGAGCUGUAUCCUUACUUCUUAAAGUCUGUUCUAGGACUCAUUUUCGAUGAAGUCCCUCCACUGGAAGACGAGACAGACCAUGCAUUUGAUUAUGAAAAUGCUUCUGAGGAUGGCUCGUACAAACCACCUGCAUUCAUGAACGUGUCCAUCACGCCAGUGGAAGUCUCCGUCAUGUGUCCAAGACGCCUGCUCGACAAAUACUUUGUCCCCGUCAUGGACCAACUCGACCAGUUGGAUGGGUCGCUCCGGUCCUGUCUGAUCGUGAGCGAGAAUGACUAUAUCCCCAUGCAAGUGCUCGGCGAAGGCCUCGAGGCCGGAAAACGAGUCUUGGAACUGACCAGUCCACUUGCCCUGGCCGGCAUAUCCAUCUUCUUCAUCUCAACCUACUUCUCCGACUACAUCGUAGUCCCCCAGCAAAGCAAAGCAAGCGUGAUGUCCGCUUUAGAGAAAAGAGGCUUCCAAUUCAACGACGCCUCCGCAGCCUUCAUCACCAACCCGCUCAGUCCUACCAUCGAAAGAAGACUCAGCGACCUCAUCCCACCGGGCACACCCCCACCCUCAACUCUAGGCGAGCUCCAAACCCGCACCUUCAACAAUCUCCGCAAACACCAAAUCACCCCCUCCGUAGACAACUCCCUGCGCCUAGUCCAGUGCGCCGCCCACCACGAAUACCACAGCCAAGAAUCCUCCAUGUCCAUCCUGCGCGACGCCCUCACCACUGUCCUCCUCGUCGACGAACCCCGCUUCCUCUCCCUAACCCUCGCAGCCCUCGACCCCGCCGCCUCCCUCCUCCUCGAAAAGCGCCUCCUCCCCCGCUUCGCCCGCCACUCCACCUCCGAAACUGGAUUCCGCGACUACGAAGACGGCUCCGGCCUCCUCCUCGGGUCCAAGGAAGACCACCUCAUCCCCAUCACCCUAGACCUCCGCGACCUGCCCCUCGAAGCCUCAGGUAUCGUCUGCGGCGUGGCGGGUCGUCUCGCAGACGCAGCUACCGUGAAUCCAAGCGCCGUCGGCGGCCUCGGCUCCGCGAGGACGUUCGAUUCGGUCGGUACUCGGCUCGCGAACGUCUCGCUCGAUAAAUCAUCCCAUGCGCUCCAGCCCUUGCCAUCCUCGACGCACCAUCUCCAGCCUGAUGUGGAUGUCGCCGAUGCGGUCGAGAUUAGUUUCUUGAGUACCGCGCGCGCUGGUACCAUUAUUGUUGGCGAGGAUGAGCUUAGGAGGGCGAUUGAUGCGCUCGAGGAGGAGAAGAUGCAGUCGCCUAGGCUUGAUGGUCUUUGCUUGGAGUCUGAGACUCCGCCGGAUAGUCCGCAGCAGGGUUGA